ACUUAUGGUUGUGAGUGGGACAGGAGGGGAUGGUUGCCAUGGUCGCAACAUAGUCUGAACUUCCUCGAGCGAGCCUGGUGUGGAGAAAGCCGGAUGGCGGUCAUCAUGGCGGUGGGCGGGCAGGAGGUGAUGUCGGCGCAGCAGUUUGCUCAAUGGCAGGAAGAUCAGUCCGCGUCCGGCGAUGUCCUGGAGGAGUUGCGGCGGGAGGUGGCCAGGCACCGCCGGAUGAGCAACUUCCGGCAGCUGCGGGUGGUCAGCGGGAGCGCGGUGUUGGACCACCUCUCGUCUGAUGCGCCGGACGCAUCCUCUGCGCCUCUGGCCGUCCUGGUGCGGCCGUUGUCGGAGGACGCGGAGGGGCACCGGGCGCUUUGCCAAGCAGCGUCCCAGGGGGAUGCGGCGGAGGUGAAGCGGUGGCUGGACGCGCCCUUGGAUCCGAGCUUCGCCGGCCAGGACUUGUGCUCGCCUUUGCAUUUCGCCGCGGAGCACGGGCAUGACGAAGUCGCCCGCCUGUUGCUGGAGGCCAAUGCCGACAGAAACAAGGCGGACAAUUUCGGGUUCACGCCCUUGCAUGUCGCCGCCACCUGCGGCCAUUUGGAGGUUGCGCGUUGCUUGCUACAAGCUGACGCUGCACUGGACAAGACUGAGGAUGACCGGCGCACUCCUCUGCAUUUUGCCGCUGAGAAUGGUCAUGAUGAAGUUGCUUGUUGCUUGCUGGCAGCUGGCGCUGAUCCAGACAAAACUGAUACAGACUCCUGGACGCCUCUUCAUUUUGCAGCUGCCAACGGGCAUACGGAAGUAGCCCGCUGCUUGCUGAGAUACGGCGCUACGACCGGCAAGGCCGACGAUCUUGGGCGUGUGCCUCUGCAUUUCGCUGCGGACGACGGCCAUGCGGAGAUUGUUCAUUGCUUGCUGGCAGCUGGGGCCGACAAGGACAAGGCCAGCAAGUUCGGGCUCACACCCUUGCAUCUCGCGGCCGAAGAGGGCCAUCUCGAGGUCGUACGUUGCUUGUUAAAGGCUGGCGCUGACAAGGGCAAGACGAAUUUCCGGGGGCAUACGCCCCGGCACUUUGCUUCCCUGAACGGCCACGAGGAAGUGGUGCGUUGCUUGGAAGCUUUUGCCGACGUCCGCGCUAAGCGCACCCGAGAACACUCGAUGCCGUGUGCGAAGAGGGCUAGACAGAGCUAGGUCUGACAAAUUGGACAUGGACUUCCCCUUGCGGUU